UCUACUGCCCAGCCCGCCAAAUUCGAGUACCGGUACUCGGUCGAGUUUCUGUUCUUUGCAGAAUGUCUCAAAACAAGAAUUCUACGCUUCUUCCUGCCCUCCGCAUAAGGACAAUCAUGAAAAGCUCCCCAGAAAUUAGUGCGAUCAGUCAAGAAUCACUUUAUUUGAUCACAAAAGCAACGGAGCUGUUUGUUGGAUGCCUAGCCCAGGAAUCACUUAAGAAGAGUUCAUCUCCUCGCAACCUUGUCUACAAUGACUUGGCUAAUGUAGUCAAUGAUGAAGAAGAAUUUCAGUUUCUUGCAGAUGUUGUACCUAAGAAGAUUUUGGCUGCUGAGUACCUUGAAAUGAUGAAACAAAUGGAACAAGAAGGGAAUUCAGGGAAUGAUUGACUAUUGCCUGUCAGUUUCUAAGCUAAGUGCUGAUCUUUGAUAAAGACAUUGAAUACAACCUACUUGUGUGGAAGUCCAGUAUGUGGUAUUUCUUAAGAACAUGAAAACAUUUUGAAUGGAAAGUAGGAUUGUUUAAGUGACCCGUGGUGUGAUUGAUGAAGUUUGGAGCAUUAUGACAAACUGUCAGCCGUGUUAAACCAGUCAUGUUCCAGUCAAAGUGCUAUGAGGUCUCCACAUGAAGUAAACUUUUAAUAUUUUGACUAGAAUUUUCAAGGAGAAAAAAAAGAAGUGUGUGCCACCACUGAAAGCAUAGUGAAUCCCUUUCAGCCAUAGCCUAAUGAAUCUUUACUUACCAAACCCAGUUUUGACUUCUUAAUACAUAUAUGUUGGAAAGAGCUCUCACAUUAAGAUUACUUGUACAUGGUUUUCCUGAAGAAGGAGAGAUAUUUAAAGGAUUUUGAAAUCAUGUUUUAACAAUUCUUUGUACCUCCUACAUUAAUUUAGUUUGAAUAAAAUUAGCUGUUUUCGACUUGCCGUAGGGUGAUCGUAGGGGAAAUGUAACUGUAGCAUUACUAUUGAGCACAGCUGAAUUAAAAAGCUCAGCAAUGGAUCAUGGGUCUACCUUCUACAAUUGAUUACAUUGGUUUAUGUAUUGUUAACAUCAAUCCCUCAAUCAGUUGCUAAGCUUUAUGGGCUAUGAGUAAUGCCUUGCAACAUGAAGAGAUACACUCAAACUUCCAAUCAGUUCAGCCUUUGUAGCUCUUCCGUUAGACUCUAAGAGUUACUUGUCUAUUUAAACUGGAUACUUCUAGUAGUUUUAUGUAGUGAUCAGGAUUUGCUCUCGACACCUGUAAAAUGAUAUCCCCAAAAUAACCCCCCCCCCACCCAGCAUCAUAAUCUCAAGCAAUGGUGUCCAAUUUAUGGCUGAUUUUGCUUCUUUUGUUUUAUUGGUUAACCCAUGAUAGAAUGUAUGAUUUUUAACUCCAUUAUUUACUCAAUCAAAGUGUUCAGAAAAAGUGAGUUUAGUUGUUAAAAAAUCGGUUCCAAGACAUUUGCUCUGAUGGAAAGUCUGCACAUAUGUCAAACAUAAAACCUUGCUUCCAAAACUAAGUAAACCCUAAUCCUUAUCUUUACAUUAUUCUGAACCAAAAUCUCUAUCACAUUCCCAACUCUAACCCUAUGCCCUCUAAGACAUUGAGACCGGAGCAAUUGUCCCAGGAGCAAAUGUGUCGCCCCAAAAUCAGCCUACAUAGCACCACCCCCAUUGUACCAAUUACAUAUUUCAUGUUGAUGGGCACAGGAAUCAGAUGAUUGUACUUAAUGUUAGUUUGCAUCAUAUUUUAUCAACUGAAUGUAAAUAUGUAUCAAAUAAACUAAAUGAAACAUA